CUGACGAAACAUCUCGACAUACCCAAACGGGGAAAUUAAGGUAUUAUGUCAGCACAAUUUUGCCUGGCUGUUUCCUUGCUGCACCUGGCAGGAGGAAGAGUAUCACAGAAUCGUGGUGGUGAUGGAGGACGCUUUGGCCAAAAUACGGCCUCAUACCAGAUCUCCUAUUGCACAUCAAAAGACGCCUGCGGACCUGCUGCAGGCUUUGGAAUCAACGUUCAGGGACAAGGGUGCCGAUCGGACACCCACCGCAUAUUUCGCUGCGCUGAUAACGACCCUCGAUGAAACCAUACGAAAGAAGGAGACUUCGCUUGGGGACGGCGACAUGCUACCCGCAGAGCUCUACUUGCUCGGCCUUAUAUCUCCUUUCGUUACCCCUGCAGUCAUGCAGACUCAUCUUAACACACUCUUGUCACUGACUGCCCCACUAUUUCCCUCUCUCAAUGCACAUGCACCAUCCCUGAGGUCGCAGAUGUCACUAUACAAUGCAAUUUUUUGCUUCCUUGAUCGCUCCCAGCUGGAUGUUCCCAGUGUUCGACAAUCAUUCGCAACCGUACUGCAGCUAUGCCUUGAUUCUCGACCGAAGGUACGAAAGAGGGCCAUAGACCUCAUCAGUGAUGUACUAUCAAAUCCACCCAGUCCACUCUCGCGUCACCCGUAUGCCCAGCGUGUCGCCGAAUGGCUGCAUACUUCACUUCAGCAAGCUAGCACCGGCGUCCUUUCGAAAUCAAAACUUGAUGGUAGAAGUUCCGACUCUGCAGAUGUAGCCAUACAUCUGCUUGCCCUUUUACGACCCGUGCUACCUAACCUCCCACCAGAAGCUAUUCCCCCAAUCAUAUCCGUACUCCUCGCCCUUCCUAGGCUAGGAAACCCGUACCUAUCACAGUCUUCAUAUGCUAUUCUUUCGGAUCUUUUCUCUGCUUCUCUCAAUUCUGGUACACAAGGCGGUACCCAACAAAUACCUGCAGUACUCGCCGCAAUCCUCGCAUCUCGCCCUCCAAAGUCAGAUGUAACCGUGGCACCAUCGUGGAUUCGUGCGCUCGGGCGGACCAUGCUGACGUAUUGCUCCGCUGAUGCGGAAGGAUGUGCCGCUGAGUUCCUCAACGCGUGGAAGGCGAUCUGGGCAUUUAUCGAAUCCUCUCAAACGCAGACUCGGAAAGCUGCCGCAGAGUCCCUCGCAUUCCUUGCGCAAUGUAUUACUCUUCCGAUGGCACAGGCUGCUGUCAACAAACCUGAUGAUGGGAAAUCAGACCUUCGCAUCGUUAUUGCGCAGACAUCACAAGCACUGGAUUCCUUGGCGCACGCGCAAGCUAUUCCGGAAUUGCUCAGCGUUAUUUCGUCUCUUAUAAUAAAUUUAGCCUUGAGGAUUCAGCCUCGGAAACCCACUACGGCUGCCGAGAUCCUCCUCAUGCCACUUGUAGAGAAGGUCGCCGACUUGAGGGUACAGAAAAAUUUCGAGCACAAGGAAGCUGCAGAUACCGUUAUUUCAACCGCAAUGAGAGUAGUUGGCCCUGCUGUGCUUCUGAAAUCUCUUCCACUGAACCUUGAGCCAGAGGAUCGUCAAGCUGGUCGCGAACCGCGUGCCUUCCUCCUUCCAAUGGUCUCCCAGCCCCAUCCAUCGCCUUUGAGUCACUUUUUGUCCUACUUUGUACCCCUGAGUGAAAGGAUGUUCAACCUUGAGAAAAAGGCUGAGGCAGGGGGCAGGCAGGCUGAGGCGAAGGUAUGGAGUGUCCUUGUCUCACAGGUGUGGGCCGGUUUCGCUGGAUACUGCCACGCAUCCCCUGACGUAAAAAGUGCACUUACACCAGGGUUCUCGCAAAUUUUGUCUCAGAUCUUAUACAAUCAACCGGAGCUUCGAGUGCUGGUCCUCAGAGGACUCAAGGUGUUGGUGGAAUCCAAUCUCGCCGUCGUGUCCAAAGACCCCUCUGACGUGAACGAACCUUCUAAGCACUUGACGCUCACAGGAUGCAUCACCCACGAAGAGGCCGCCGAGAACAUCGCAUUCUUGAAGUCUCAAGUUGAAAGCUGGUUCGCAGUAUUGUUCAACGUAUUCAGCAGUGUAGCCAGCGACACUCGUGGAGUUGUAGGAGAUGUCAUUAGCGUCUGGGCACAUAUUGCAGACCCUCGGGAAAUCUCGAAAGCAUACCUUAAAGUGGCCGAGUUGUUUAAACAAAACCUACAAAGGUUUGUCAGCGCCCCCGAUGUCCGGCAAAACGCAGCUACGACAAUCAUGAUGCAAGACCUCCUCAUACUCCUUCUACCCUUCCUUGAUACAUCUGAUAUCAACUCGCUUUUCUGCUUCUGCUUGACGGAAGAUGUGCUGGCCUGCAGGGACAAUGGUGUGCAGAAGCGUGGCUACAAACUCCUGGGAAAGUCGGUUGCCAGCGGAAAGCUACAAGUUGAUGUGCUGGGUACUCUUCGGCAACUCGACUCGUUCAUGACUGGGUUGUCUCCUGCUGCGAAAAGGGACCGAAUCGUGCUAUUAUCGCUUCUCGUACCUGGGAUUCCGACUUCUUCUAUGCACGUUAUUGCCUCUGUUAUUCCAGAGGCUGUACUGGGCACGAAAGAACCCUCCGAAAAGGCCCGUUCGGCCGCGUUCGACCUGGUGGUCGCCAUGGGCAAGAAGAUGUCUGAAGGGGGUGUGGUGAAGAGGCAGAUGCUUGAUGAAAUGGAUGAAGGGGCCACUGAAGUUCAAGCAUCCAUCAAUGAAUACAUUACCAUGGUCGCUGCUGGCCUGGCGGGGGCAAGUCCACACAUGAUUAGCGCUAGCAUAACGGCAAUUUCUCGACUUGUCUACGAGUUCAAAGAUAUUAUCGACUCGAACGUCCAGUCUAACAUCUUUACCACCUUAUUGGUCUUUUUGUCGUCGGCCAAUCGCGAGAUUGUCAAGUCCACCCUUGGAUAUAUAAAACUUGCCAUUCAUACACUCUCUUCUGAUAUUCUAAGGCCUCAUCUCACCGAAUUGGUGCCGGCACUCCUGGCAUGGUCACAUGACCACAAAAAUCACUUCAAAACAAAAGUCCGUCAUAUUUUCGAGCGCAUGAUCAGGAGGUUCGGUUGGGAAGAUGUCUACUCGGCCGCAGGAAAAGAAGAAGCCGCCAAGGUACUCGUCAAUAUCAAGAAAAGGAAGGAGAGGGCAAAGCGCAAGAAAACUCGUGCACAAGAUGAUGACGAUAAUGAAGAAGCACCUUCGGGGAAGGUGACUACAGGAGAUGCUUUCGAGGACGUGCUGUACGGCAGUGAGAGCGAAUACGAAGACACCGAUGACGAAUCGCAAGUGGACCGUCCUACUGUGGCGAAGACAAAGAGCGAGUAUGGCGUUCGAUUGCGGACUGAUGACGACGAGCCGAUGGAUCUACUGGAAGGUGUCGCGUCUCGAGUGGCAAAUGCGCCAGGGAACCGGAGACGGAAGCCUGGAACGGAUGCUAACCAUUUCAGUGUCGAUUCCGAAUCUGGGAAAAUUGUCAUACCGGCUGAGGAGUCAGAUUCAGAUAUUGAAGUUAGUGCUCGCAAAGCUGCAGAACACGCAGCAGGAGGUGCAUAUAAAGAGAGUAUCACCUCUGCUGACGGGUUCACUCGAGAUGCCAAAGGGCGUGUCAGGUUCAACAAGGAUACCAGGAAACGACGGCGCGAAAAUGGUGACGGAGAUGGUGACGUGGAGAUGGCGGACGAUACGGUAGAAAACUCGAAGAAAAACAAGCGACGGUCAGAGAUCAAACUUGGGCACGAGUUCAAAGCGAAGAAAGCUGGUGGCGACGUGAAGAAAGGGAAGUUGGAGCCUUACGCCUACCUCCCGCUGCGACAAGCCGCAAAAAAGAAGGGUCGAGACCGCAUUGGAAUCGCAGGGAAACGAUAACAUAUAUGUAGCUAACGUUCCUAGUUUUCGAAAUUACAUGACAUCCUUUUAGCCAUACAAUGUACUAUCGUGGGGGGUCCCAAACAGGCCA